UGCGUGCGGGCUCUGCCUCAUUUAGGGCUCGGCUCUGGGAAGGUGGCUUGUGGGGCCCGGGUUCGAAGGCAGGCGGCAAGAUGAGGCGAGCACCAGCCUUCCUAAGCGCAGCUGAAGUGCAGGACCAUCUCCGGAGCUCCAGCCUUCUCAUCCCACCCCUGGAGGCAGCUCUGGCCAACUUCUCCAGAGGCCCGGAUGGAGGGGUCAUGCAGCCAGUGCGCACCGUGGUGCCUGUGGCCAAGCACCGAGGCUUCCUGGGAGUCAUGCCAGCCUACAGUGCAGUGGACGAUGCACUCACCACCAAGUUAGUCACCUUCUACGAGGGCCACAGCAACACGUCCACUGUCCCCUCCCACCAGGCUUCAGUGCUGCUCUUUGAGCCCAGCAAUGGCUCCCUGCUGGCGGUCAUGGAUGGGAAUGUCAUAACUGCCAAGAGAACAGCAGCCGUGUCUGCCAUCGCCACGAAGUUUUUGAAGCCCCCAGGCAGUGAUGUGCUGUGCAUCCUUGGAGCUGGGGUCCAAGCAUACAGUCAUUAUGAGAUCUUUACAGAACAAUUUCCUUUCAAGGAGGUGAGGAUAUGGAACCGCACCAGGGAAAAUGCUGAGAAGUUUGCAAGCACAGUGCAAGGAGAUGUUCGGGUCUGUUCAUCGGUGCAGGAGGCUGUGACAGGUGCUGAUGUCAUCAUCACAGUCACCAUGGCAACAGAGCCCAUUUUAUUUGGUGAAUGGGUGAAGCCUGGGGCUCACAUCAAUGCUGUUGGAGCCAGCAGACCUGACUGGCGAGAGCUGGAUGACGAGCUCAUGAAACAAGCGGUGCUUUAUGUGGACUCCCGGGAGGCUGCCCUGAAGGAGUCAGGAGACAUUCUGUUGUCAGGGGCUGACAUCUUUGCGGAGCUUGGAGAAGUGGUGUCAGGUGUGCGUCCCGCACACUGUGAGAAGACCACAGUGUUCAAGUCUCUGGGCAUGGCAGUGGAAGACCUGGUUGCAGCCAAACUAGUGUAUGAUUCCUGGUCAUCUGGCAAGUGAAGUGAAGGAGCUGUGGCUGAAAUGGACGUCAUGGCUCAAAUUGCUCUCAAAAUGUCUAGAUCAGAUAAGGAAGCCCAGUCCCCAGUGAACUAUAGUGGUUGCUAUUCUUAGAUACUGACAUCCCCGGUCAUGUUUGUUACAUGGGUAAUGGCCACAUCACCU